UGAUUAAGUAAAGUGAGGAAGAAGCAAAGAGAGAUAGAGAGAGAGAGAGAUCAAGAUGAGAGGAUAUGAUCAGAAGAUUCUACUGAUGGUUCUGGUGGUUGUAGCGGUUUUAGCGGCGGCUCGAGGUCAAGAGACUACUGGAUUCGUGACAUGGGCCAACAAUUACUACCAGACAUGGGGACAUCAAGCUUUGGUUAUUAAUAAAACCUCUGAGCUCCAGCUCACACUCGAUAAUAACUCUGGGUCAGGGUUUGAAUCCCAAUUGAUUUACGGAUCAGGAUACUUCAACGUAAGAAUCAAGGCACCUCAAACUACGUCUACGGGAGUCAUUACUUCUUUCUACUUAAUCUCCCGUUCAAGCCGCCAUGAUGAGCUCUGUUUCCAGAUCUUGGGAAAGAAUGGGCCACCGUAUUUGCUGAAUACGAAUAUGUAUCUGUACGGUGAAGGAGGCAAAGAUCAGAGGUUUCGUCUCUGGUUUGAUCCAACCAAAGAUUACCAUUCCUACAGUUUUCUUUGGAACCCAAAUCAACUUGUGUUUUAUGUCGACGAUACACCGAUCAGGGUUUACAGCAAGAAUCCAGAUGUUUACUACCCAUCAGUGCAGACAAUGUUCCUAAUGGGAAGCGUGCAAAACGGAUCGAUAAUUGACCCGAAGCAGAUGCCUUACAUUGCUAAGUUCCAGGCAUCAAAGAUUGAAGGGUGUCAAACUGAGUUCAUGGGAAUCGAGAAAUGCACUGAUCCUAAAUUCUGGUGGAAUCGCAAACAGCUAAGCUCUAAAGAGAAGGAACUGUAUAUAAACGCAAAGAAGAUGUACCUGGAUUAUGACUAUUGUUCAGACAGACAGCGGUAUCCAAAGGUUCCUCAAGAAUGCGGAAGUUACAGUUAGAGAAAGAUCAAUACCUGUCACAGGGUUAAGCCUUACAAAGCAAAAAUAUUGAUAAAAAUAACUUACGCUACUGUAAGAUGCUUUGUAAUAAGAUUUUUCUAUCAAA